AUGAGGGAGAAGACAAAUUCGUCUGCUGGUUUCAUGGCCAAACUAGGAGCUGCAAGUUCUGAAUUGGCUGGAGUACACAACAAAAUGAGUAGCUCUGACAACAAUUUGUUCAACGAUGAAGAUCAGAUGCCUGAUGUUUCGUCUCAAGAAGAUGUUGAAUUAUAUCCACUAGGGUCUUUAAAUAAAAAAAGGAAGAAUAGCCAAAAUGAUGUUAAUGAUCAGCCGCAAAAAACAGCCAAAAGGAAGAAAUAUCAACCUAAAGUGGUGUCUCCGUAUCCAGAGAAAUUAAAGAAAUUCCAUCCCGGAAGCAACGGCACUCCAAAACCAUCAACUCCGAAGCAGAGGAAAAGUUAUGUUAGAAAGACCGCCAACACUCAUGACAACAACACUCCAAAACCUUCAACUCCGAAACAGAGGAAAAGUUAUGUUAGAAAGACUGCCAAGAUUCCUGAGUGUCAAAAGCCAUUAUUUGUCGAUGAUGGAGAUUCCAUCUCUUUCCCAUUUUUGGAAUAUUUCAAAGAUUCAAAGGUUUAUCAGGGUGGAUUUGAAAAUUCAACUAUAACUAAUGAAUCUGGCAUCGUAUACAAUUCGGUACAAAGUUAUCAGAAAAUGUCUUCAUUGUCAGGUUUAUGUCUAGUUGAGAGUAGGAGAAUUGGACAAAAUUUUCCAAUAAUGUGUAAAAGGAAAAGAGUUAGAAGAGAAAGAAUAAGUUUGGUAAAACUCUUGCCCCCGUUUGCAAAGGGCCAGAGAUCAAAAAGUUUUGUUACGAAGAGAAAAUGUUGGACACAAUUUUGGGCAGAAGGAAAUUCUACAACCAGCCGAAAAAUGAGAUCUUUAAUCAAGAAAAUUAUUUCCUUGAAGAAAAAAAUGCAUCGAAAGAAAAAUAAGAGAGAUGUCCGCAAAAAGUCAGGGGAAUUAGUUCUUUAUAAUCGACCAUCAGCAGAAGUUGAAGUAAUGCUUGACGAAGAGACAUUACGAGUAUGGAAUUUACUCGUUGUUGAAAACAAACAUGAAGAGAAUGAUGAACAUAAGAGGAGGUAUUGGGAGAUGAUAAGAAAACUCUACCAUAAAAUGGUUAUAUCAUUCUUAGAUCAAGUGCAUACUGUUCAAGGUGAUAGACGAUUCUUACCAUGGAAAGGCUCAGUUUUGGAUUCCGUGGGUGGAGUUUUCUUAACUCAAAAUGUGUCUGACCAUUUGUCAAGCUCUGCAUUUAUGUCACUUGCUGCGAGGUUCCCUGUGAAAUUAGUUAGCGGUGAGCAAAGCAAAAACAUGGUUUUAUCGGAUAAAAAAAUGGAAGCUCAGAAAGCUAACGAAUCUUUCAUAGAGAGGAACUCAAAUUCUCCUCCUAGUAGGAGGAAACAAACAGACAAUAAAAAGAAGAGUAAGAAACAGGAGGAAAAAGAAAUGCUGGAAAAGAAAAUACUAGAAAAGAAAAUGCAACAUUGGGAAACACUAAGAAAAAUCCACUCUAAAAGUGAUCAACACAUUGAUCAUGCGGACUCUGUUGAUUGGGAAGCAGUAAGAGAUGCAAAUGUUAAUGAAGUUGCUGCAGCUAUUAAAAAGCGUGGUCAACAAAACAUAAUUGCUUAUAAAAUUCAGGUUGCAUUGAAGGGAUUUAUGGUUAACCAUGGAAGCAUGAAUUUAGAAUGGUUAAAAGAUAUACCACCAAAUGAAGCAAAGGAAUAUUUUUUGAGCAUAUUUGGAUUGGGUUUGAAAAGUGUGGAAUGUUUAAGGCUUUUAACUCUUCAACAUAUUUCUUUUCCGGUGGAUGUAAAUGUUGGACGAAUUGUUGUACGAUUGGGAUGGGUCCCCCUGCAACCAUUACCAGAAUCAAUUCAAAUACAUAAUUUAGAGAAGUUUCCGGAUCCAAUCAAAAUUCAACAAUAUCUUUGGCCAAGACUAUGCAAACUUGAUCAUCAAACAUUGUAUGAAUUGCAUUAUCAGUUGAUAACCUUUGGAAAGGUUUUUUGCACUAAGAGAAACCCAAAUUGCAAUGCUUGUCCGAUGAAGGACGGGUGUAAAUAUUAUGCAAGUUCUCUUGCAAGGACAAAACUCGCCUUACCACCAAAAUCAACCACAGAUCAAUCAAUUGUAGCAACCCAAAUGGAUCAUUGUUUCCCAUACUCUGAUUAUUGGAGCAAUUCUACAUCAACAUUAUUUACUAAAGAAAGUAAAGAAUGUGAACCUAUAGUUGAGAUGCCCGCAUCACCUGAAUUGAUUGACGAUGAUGAAGAGAUUUACCAUGAUUAUACUUAUGAGAGUGAUGAAGAAGAUAUUGAGAGUGACGAAGAAGAUAUUGAGAGUGAUGAAGAAGAUAUUGAGGAUAUUCCAACAUUUAACAUCAGUAGUCAAGAAUCAUCAUCAUGUCUGCCAAUGUAUGGUAAUUCUUUUGAAGAGUUUGACCAUGGCGUAAAUGCUUCACAAUCUUUAGUUGCAUUUCAUCCAAAUGCUACAAACAGUCAUUUAUCAAAAAUGAAAAAUGCUAGUCGCUUGAAAACUGAGCGCACAGUUUAUGUCCUCACGGAUAAUCACCCUCUUCUAGCUGAGUAUCCUUCACGAGAACAUGAUGAUCCAUCCCCUUAUCUUCUGGUUGUAUGGCGACCAGCCGAAUUAGAAAGCUCGGGCGAAUCAAGCAAGACUGACUUGCAUGAGGAAGAGAGUAGUCAGACUGAAACAGUUCCUGGAACACUUCUGAUACCAUGCCGAACUGCAAUGAGAGCCCGUUUUCCUCUGAAUGGAACAUACUUUCAAGUUAAUGAGGUUUUUGCUGAUUAUGCUUCAAUGAAAAAACCAAUUCAUGUUCCUAGAAAAUGGAUAUGGAGUCUAAAGAAACAGAUAGCAUAUUUUGGUACUGGGGCAUCAUCAAUGACGAGAGGUUUGUCAAUGGAAGAAAUUAAAGACUUCUUUUGCAAAGGGUUCAUUUGUGUGAGAGCAAUUGAUACAAACACAGGAGCUCCAAGACCUAUAUCAUCUAUAUUGCAUCGCAACACAACACUCAGAGUUCGGAAGACAAACAAAAUGUGAUGCAAAAUGAGUUACAAGUGAUUCAUGCCAGCACUUAAUAUCAUGAUUCUUUUACUAUGUAAUUUUUUUUUUUCUUGAUGCAUUUCAUUCACUAGCCUUGUUCGUAUUUUGACUUGAUGUAUCUAUGGGAUACACUCACUACAGUGAUACAGUUUUGUGGCAUCCAAAAUUAUGCGUGGCAAUAACGUUUUUGGUAUAACUAUAAUUGGUAUCUAAUUAUGUUUGGCCACAAGUAAGUGUGUUUGUUUGCUUUGUGAUG